CUGGAAUGAUGUGGGCGGUGUAGCAGUGCAGGGCAGUCUGCACUCAGAAUUACACGCGAGUGGACAUUACAAGGCUGACUUCCUUCUUUCCACGGGAUUGUAUGUUGACAGGCCUCAAUACCACAUUGUGAAGCCACGGGCUAUCGUGAUGUCGGAGCCCAAGGCGCCCACUCCGACACCAGGAGACACUUACAAAGGCUGGCUUUUCAAAUGGACGAAUUACAUCAAGGGUUACCAGCGGCGAUGGUUCGUUCUGAGCAAUGGUUUGCUGUCAUACUACAGGACCCAAGCGGAAAUGGGCCACACGUGCCGUGGUACCAUAAACCUAGCCACGGCCAACAUUGUUGUGGAGGACUCCUGCAACUUCGUCAUCUCCAAUGGUGGGGCACAGACCUACCACCUGAAGGCCAGCUCUGAGGUGGAGCGCCAGCGAUGGAUCACCGCCCUUGAACUGGCCAAGGCAAAGGCUGUACGGAUGCAAGCAGAGUCAGAUGACUCCGGCGAUGAGUGCCCCAUGACCCCUCCCCCCGCCGGUCAGAGUGGGACGUCACGCAACUCUGAGGUUCAGUCCACGUUGCGAACACUCGGCAGCAAGGUGGAGGACCUCAGCACCUGUAACGACCUCAUCGCCAAACAUGGCUCUGCUCUGCAAAGGUCCCUGUCAGAGUUGGAAGGAGUGAAGAUAGGUGGAGAGACCGGUGAUAAGAUCCGACAAGUGACUGAGAGGGCCACUCUCUUUCGCAUCACUUCCAAUGCUAUGAUCAAUGCCUGCCGGGACUUCCUGGCUCUGGCUCAGGCCCACAGCAAGCGCUGGCAGAAGGCCCUGCAGGCUGAGAGGGAGCAGCGCGUGCGUCUGGAGGAGACACUGGAGCAGCUGGCCAAGCAGCACAACCACCUGGAGAGGGCCUUCAGGGGCGCCACCGUGCUGCCGCCCGCACAGGGCAACCCCGACGCAGACGGCAAAGGAGGACUUAGCUCAGGGAAGGGAGAUGCCAGUGACGAGGAUGAUGAGAACGAGUUCUUCGACGCCAUGGAGGACGUCCAGGAGUUCAUCACCGUCCCUGCCGACCCCAAAUACCACAGGAGAUCGGGCAGUAAUGUCAGCGGCAUCAGCAGUGAGAUUGGAAUGGAUGACCAGUCGAUAGAUGAACAGUCGUUAGCGUCCAAUCCGGAGUCUCCUCAGUCACAGGAGCUGGAGCCAGUGAAGAAGAGGCGGACACGCAUACCCGACAAGCCCAACUACUCUCUCAACCUGUGGAGCAUCAUGAAGAACUGCAUCGGCAAAGAGCUCUCCAAGAUCCCCAUGCCUGUGAACUUCAACGAGCCCAUCUCCAUGCUGCAGCGGCUGUCUGAGGACCUUGAGUACUCGGAGCUGCUGGACAAGGGUGCUAAGUGCCAGAGCUCCCUGGAGCAGCUCUGCUACGUGGCAGCCUUCACCGUCUCCUCCUACUCCACCACCGUGCACCGCACGGGCAAGCCCUUCAAUCCUCUGCUGGGGGAGACCUUUGAGCUGGACCGCCGCCAUGACAGCGGCUACCGCUCACUUUGUGAACAGGUGAGCCACCACCCUCCAGCAGCGGCCCAUCACGCCAUCUCAGACCGAGGCUGGACCCUUAGACAAGAGAUCACACUUGCCAGCAAAUUCAGGGGAAAAUACCUCUCCAUCAUGCCUCUGGGCUCCAUUCACUGUAUUUUUGAGAAGAGUGAAAACCAUUACACCUGGAAGAAAGUCACCACCACUGUGCAUAACAUCAUAGUUGGCAAGCUGUGGAUAGACCAGUCAGGAGAAAUAGAUAUUGUUAAUCACAAGACUGGAGACCGCUGCCACCUUAAAUUUGCUCCAUACAGCUACUUCUCCAGAGAUGUGGCCAGAAAGGUAACGGGUGUGGUAACGGAUAAGGAGGGCAAGGCCCACUAUGUGCUCUCGGGCACGUGGGAUGAGAAGAUGGAGUUCUCCCGUGUCAUGCAGAGCAGCCGGGGAGGAGAGAAUGGCACCGAGGGCCGCCAGAAGACCGUCUACCAAACACUCAAGGCCCGAGAAAUCUGGAGAAAGACCCCGCUGCCGGAGGGGGCGGAGAACAUGUACUACUUCUCCACGCUGGCGCUGACGCUGAACGAGCUGGAGGACAGCGUGGCUCCCACGGACAGCCGGCGGCGGCCGGACCAGCGGAUGAUGGAGCAGGGCCGCUGGGAGGAGGCCAACGCCGAGAAGCAGAGGCUGGAGGAGAAGCAGCGCACCGUGCGCCGCGAGCGGGAGAGAGAGGCCGCCCGCACCGCCAGCCCAGCCGAGGAGGCUGUCAUUGAGGACUCCAUUAAUGACACGCCUUUGAAAAGUGUCCACCAAGACAACUACGAGGCUCUGUGGUUUGACCAUUAUGAUGACCCGCUCACUGGGGAGCAAACACACCUCUACAAGGGGGGCUACUGGGAAGCCAAAGAUGAGGGCAGCUGGGAGAACUGCCCAGACAUCUUCUAAGCACAUCAUAGAAGUUGGAAUACCCUGAUGUCCGGCACCUUGGCAGAGGACCACCUGGACCACCAGAGGAACUACCUGGAAGUUUCACGGCAAAACGAUCUACAACCCCGACACCAUCCCACCAUCUCUCUGAAGUCUCACUGGUUUGCUCUGUUCCCUUUUGAGGGGAGGGGCUGCGAAUAUUAGCAGUGAAUUGUUCAUGCAGCAAGACUGGAGCCUCUUGCUGUGCCUUCAUUACCUUUUAUAUGAGGCAGAAGAAAAGAAGAAAUACUCAUGAGUAACAAACCUGACUACUUCAUCGUCUCACCAAGACCACCACCACAUCCUCCACUUUGUUCGCACAUUUUCCUCUAUUCUCUCUCUCUCUCUCUCUCUCUCCCUCUCUGCAUCUCUGAUUUAGAAUGGAAGGGGUCAUGCUCCUGUAGAUGGACCUCUUAGAUACUAGAGAUUAUAACACUGUUUUUUGCAAAUUGCAUCACUUUAAUGUACAGUAUGAGUGAGUCUGGGAGUCUGCAGCCCACCACACUUCUGACUGACACUCAACCGCUCACUCCCUGCUCUCCUCUUUAAUUGGGUAUGGACUUUUCCCUGAGAAGAGGAUGGGGGUGCUGCAUAUGAAGGGAUUAAAGAUGUGCGUGUGUGUGUGUGCGCGUGUGUGUGUGUACAGUAUGUAUGUAUGUAUGUGUACAGUAUGUAUGUAUGUAUGUGUGUGUGUAUGUGUGUAUGUGUGUGUGUUUGUAUGUGUGUUUCAGAACAUCUCUUGUCAAUUUAACUGUGUCUGUCUCCUGCCUAUGUUUGCACACACACCUUUAUGUUUGGUGCAAGAAUGAGACCUCCACACUUGCUGUCUGCCACCCUCAUCUGAUUUGCCCAUCACAUGUCCUAUAGAGGAAAAAUCUAUAUGCAAGCCAAAUCCAAUUAUUUUACUUUCACCCCCAGGUGUGCAUCUAAAGAGACACACAAGCCCGGUCAUUUUUAUAUUGGGUCUUCCUUGUCACCCAAAGGGAACGACUAAAUCUCCCUUGGUAGACGCUUCAGUAGAUAUGUGAACUGCCAAGGUCCUGACAGAUGUGGGUGCCAACAAAGGUCUGUAUGUAGGCGCAAAGAGAGACCUGCAGACAGCACGCAAACAUAACAGCUCUCUUUUUUCUGGUGUUUGCUUUUCAUUGUGUCAUUGCUGAGGUGUCUUUGAUUCCAAACUGUGACAGUGUCUGGCGCUCUGAUCACCUAAUGUAGCUUGUGCAGCAUGGAGAGGAAUCAAAAAGAGACAAUGACAUGUUAAUGGUCAACUGAAGUUCUAACAGUACAUGGAGGGCCACGGCAGUGUGAUGUGUGCCUUGACAACAUGUUGCAGAGGAGAUCGUCCCUGUGAGCGGCUGGGCUGCAAUCACAUGUCUUGAGUGUGGAGAAGUCUUAUCAGUAUCAUACCCAGGUGUAGGUGAGUUGGUUUGUGUGAUUUCUGCCGAGUGUCGACAACUGUAAUGCAAAUGUGUGUGUGUGUGGUGUGUAUGUGUCAUGUGUGCAGCGUUUGUGUGUGUGUGAGUGUGAUGUGUGCGGUGUUUAUUGUACGUUCUGAGAAAAAAAAUCACAUUAUUUUCAAGUGUACUUAAGGAAAAAACACAAAGAAACUAAGAACACCAAGCAAGGCUAAAUAUUGCAAGUGUGUGUGUGUAUAUAUAUAUAUAUAAUGAAGUAAUAAUUAUAAUAAUAUUAAAAAUGAUAUGACACUCAUAGAUAGAGCUAAAAGUACAAUAAUGGCAAUUUUGAUGUCUUUGGAAGGUGAUUUUAUUUUGACUUUUGCUGUCAUUCAUGUUGUUUUUCUCUGGUUGGGUGAACACUUUCUUUUUCCUCUGGUAUGUGUAACCGAGGGCCUUCUCAAUCUUAGACCAUUGGGUUUCUACAUGUGUAUGUGUGGGUUCCGCUCCUCCCCUCCCCUCAAUUUUUUAUUUAGAUAUUGACAGUGAAUGGUUCUCUGCUGUUUCCCCCCGUUUUCCAUUCUGCUGCUUCAUGUAAGAAAUAAAUAAUGAUACAUUUUGUGUGUUUACAUUUUUUUUUUUUGUCUCUUUGUUUUUACUUUCUUUGCAUUUUUUUUUCAUGGGGCUUUUCUCUUCUCUCACCUUGUCAUUCCAUUCAUUCUCUCCCUUCUGUUUUACACUGUCUGCGCUUCUUUUUCCCCCCAUCAUUUUAUUUGGCCUCUACAGCCUCUGUGUUGGUGCAGCAGAGAGCCCAGAGUGUACCAGUGGCACUAGGUGACAAUGUAAUAAAGUCAGGCUGGAGGAAAGGUUCAUAAGA